UGGAUUCAUCAUUAAAUGAGACGACUCUUCUUCCUUGUGCAUUUUCUCUCCUGUAUCAUACACUCUCCCAACUUUACCAAUUCUUUGACGACUUCAAAACCUGAGCAAAUCUUUUAAUUUAUCUCCAAAACCAUAAGCGAGUUUUCACACAUAAAAUACUUAGUAAGAGCUGACAUUUCAUAUCUCAUUCAAUUAGGAUACACUCUCUCAACAAUCUUCAUUAAUGAGGGUUGCUGCUUGCUUCUGAAGGCUAGCAGUAACAGUUUUAUUUCCUCCACUUCUUUUUCUUCUUGAUGCCAUCUCUUUCUCUAUAUAUAUAUUUUCUCAUCAAAAACCUUAAUUCAUCCCUCAAACACCAUUAAGUUUCCUUAAAAACUUUCCCGGCCAUUUUUUGUUACACCGAUCAUUCAAUUCAUAUAUAUAUAUAUAGUCCUCCCAUUGAUAUGGAUGUAUCCAAUGCGAUGCUGCUAGUAGCUGUUGCUACAGCUUACUGGCUAUGGUUCAAGAGGAUCUCACGGUGGCUAAACGGUCCACGUGUUUGGCCAGUGUUGGGCAGUCUUCCGGGUCUGAUCGAGCAGCGCGACCGUAUGCACGACUGGAUCACCGAGAACCUCCGUGCGUGUGGCGGCACUUACCAGACAUGUAUCUGCGCCGUGCCUUUCUUGGCGAAGAAGCAAGGUCUCGUGACCGUCACGUGCGAUCCGAAGAACAUCGAGCACAUGCUCAAGACCCGGUUCGAUAACUACCCUAAAGGUCCUACAUGGCAAGCCGUGUUCCAUGACUUCCUCGGCCAAGGCAUCUUCAACUCCGACGGCGACACUUGGCUCUUUCAGCGUAAAACCGCGGCUCUCGAAUUCACCACCAGGACGUUGAGGCAAGCGAUGGGUCGGUGGGUGAACCGAGGAAUUAAACUCCGGUUCUGUCCGAUUCUUGAAACGGCUCAGAACAAUCACGAGCCAGUUGAUCUCCAAGACUUGAUACUACGGCUCACAUUCGACAACAUUUGCGGUUUAUCAUUCGGGAAGGACACACGAACCUGCGCACCGGGACUCCCCGAGAACGGGUUCGCCUCGGCAUUCGACCGAGCCACGGAAGCUUCUCUGCAGCGGUUCAUUAUGCCGGAGUUCCUAUGGAGGCUGAAGAAAUGGCUUGGGCUCGGCUUAGAGGUAAGCUUGAGCCGGAGCUUGGGAGAGAUCGAUGGGUAUCUGGAUGCUGUCAUUAACACACGUAAGCAAGAAUUUCUGAGUCAGCAAGAGAGUGGGUCCCUCCCGAGACACGACGACCUCCUCUCUCGUUUCAUGAAGAAGAAAGAUCCGUCCUACAGCCAGACGACGUUUCUCCAACACGUGGUCCUUAAUUUUAUCCUAGCUGGACGUGACACGUCAUCAGUAGCGCUGAGCUGGUUCUUCUGGCUGAUCACGACGCAUCCAACGGUCGAGGAUAAGAUCGUCCGCGAGAUUUGCUCCGUUCUGAUCGAGACACGUGGAACCGACUUAUCGUCGUGGACGUCGGAGCCGUUGGAGUUCGACGAGGUCGACCGGCUGGUUUACCUCAAGGCGGCGCUCUCCGAGACGUUGAGGCUCUAUCCAUCGGUGCCUGAAGACUCGAAGCACGCCGUCAACGACGAUAUUUUGCCGGACGGGACUUUCGUUCCCGCGGGAUCAUCGGUGACUUAUUCGAUCUACGCGGCGGGGAGGAUGAAGACGACUUGGGGAGAGGAUUGCUUGGAAUUUAAGCCGGAGAGGUGGAUCUCGCCGGAAGAUGGGAAGUUCGUGAACCACGAUCAGUACAGAUUCGUGGCGUUCAACGCCGGACCAAGGAUCUGUCUGGGGAAAGAUCUAGCGUAUCUGCAGAUGAAAACGAUAGCGGCGGCGGUAUUACUCCGGCACAGACUGACGGUGGCGCCGGCUUUGUUUAUGAAGAACGGACUUCUGGUCAACGUACACAAGAGGGAUCUGGAAGCGAUCAUGAAGAGUCUCGUCGUAACCAAAGAGAGAAACGACGUCGUCGCUCUUAACGGAGUAUGCAACGGCGUUAUUGGUGAAGGCGUCGCCGUUAAUGCGGCUGUGGCGGUUGCCGUNAUGCCGGAGUUCCUAUGGAGGCUGAAGAAAUGGCUUGGGCUCGGCUUAGAGGUAAGCUUGAGCCGGAGCUUGGGAGAGAUCGAUGGGUAUCUUGAUGCUGUCAUUAAUACACGUAAGCAAGAAUUUCUGAGUCAGCAAGAGAGUGGGUCCCUCCCGAGACACGACGACCUCCUCUCUCGUUUCAUGAAAAAGAAAGAUCCUUCCUACAGCCAGACGACGUUUCUCCAACACGUGGUCCUUAAUUUUAUCCUAGCUGGACGUGACACGUCAUCAGUAGCGCUGAGCUGGUUCUUCUGGCUGAUCACGACGCAUCCAACGGUCGAGGAUAAGAUCGUCCGCGAGAUUUGCUCCGUUCUGAUCGAGACACGUGGAACCGACUUAUCGUCGUGGACGUCGGAGCCGUUGGAGUUCGACGAGGUCGACCGGCUGGUUUACCUCAAGGCGGCGCUCUCCGAGACGUUGAGGCUCUAUCCAUCGGUGCCUGAAGACUCGAAGCACGCCGUCAACGACGAUAUUUUGCCGGACGGGACUUUCGUUCCCGCGGGAUCAUCGGUGACUUAUUCGAUCUACGCGGCGGGGAGGAUGAAGACGACUUGGGGAGAGGAUUGCUUGGAAUUUAAGCCGGAGAGGUGGAUCUCGCCGGAAGAUGGGAAGUUCGUGAACCACGAUCAGUACAGAUUCGUGGCGUUCAACGCCGGACCAAGGAUCUGUCUGGGGAAAGAUCUAGCGUAUCUGCAGAUGAAAACGAUAGCGGCGGCGGUAUUACUCCGGCACAGACUGACGGUGGCGCCGGGACACAAGGUGGAGCAGAAGAUGUCGUUGACUUUGUUUAUGAAGAACGGACUUCUGGUCAACGUCCACAAGAGGGAUCUGGAAGCGAUCAUGAAGAGUCUCGUCGUAACCAGAGAGAGAAACGACGUCGUCGCUCUUAACGGAAUAUGCAGCGGCGUUAUUGGUGAAGGCGUCGCUGUUAAUGCGGCUGUGGCGGUUGCCGUGUAAUGCAGUGCAGCUCCUCGGGUUAAAUAAUAUUUUUAUACUACUAAAAUACAUACAUUUUCGUUUGGGUUUUGUGAUUUGUUGGGUAACAGUAAAAAAACAUUUGUUUGGUUGUGAUGAUGAAAACAAACUUGUAAGCAGAUACUCUCUUUUCUCUUUUUUAUUUUUCUAAUGUAAUAUAAUACUUUGGUUGUUCUUCUCUAA